AUGGAUCAGAUAAGUGAAGCCGAAAAAACCCAACUCAUUUUUGUCAAGCAUAUGCAUAAAACAAACAAUCAAAAGCAAUUCGAUGACAAAGCCAGUCCAAUCAAUCAAAAGCAAAACAUUGUACCGGUUGAUACAAAGGCCUCUCUGCCACUGCUCCCACUCUGGACCCUGAAAAUUGCGCCAGUCGAGACAGCACAGCCGCGGUGGGGUCCAGCCCCGGAAGUACCGGAAUCCCAAGUGGCUGGACUAGUCGUGAUUGAGAAAGUUGGACAGGUUGUGGUGGAUAAGGUUGUUGUUGCUGCAGCAGCAGCAGCUGCUGGUGGUAGACAUUGGUAUAGUUCGAUUGGUAAUAACCUUGUUGCUGGUGGUGGUAUUGUUGUUGUUGUGGGUGUUGAAAACGAAAGCAGAAAGAUUGGCUUGAUUGAGCUUGGAACUGUUGAUAAAGCAGCUGUUGUUGUUGAGCAAGGAGCAGUUGAUGUUGUUGAAGGGUCUGAGGAGACGAUGAUGCUCCGGGCAUGUGCAUGCCAUAUGGCAUGGUUCUUGAUUAUUUCUUCUGUGAUUGUACUAUGGGUAGCUUCUUUAUGCAAAAUUCUGCAUGGCUCAUAUUCACCUCCGAAGGGUACUUUCUUGAAUAAUUUGAAAAAUGGUGGCAGUGUCAACAAGAGAAAUGUUUUGCUGGUUAUUGCUCACCCAGAUGAUGAGUCCAUGUUCUUUACUCCAACCAUAAACUAUCUCACCAUGAGAGGGCAUAAUAUUCACAUUCUUUGCUUGUCAAUUGGUGAUGCAGAUGGUAAAGGAAUUACCAGAAAAGAAGAGCUCUACCAGGCUUCUGCAAUCCUCAAGGUUCCACAUCAACAAGUGAAGGUUCUGGACCAUCCAGAUCUCCAGGAUGGUUUUGGAAAAGUUUGGAACCAUAACAUAUUGGCAAUGAUUAUUGAAGAGGAAAUUAACAGUUAUGGUAUUGAUUUGAUAAUUACUUUUGACAAUUAUGGAGUUUCGGGCCAUUGUAACCACCGUGACGUGCAUUAUGGGGUAAUGAAGCUCUUACAUGCAUCAUCACAAAGGAAAAUUGAAGCUUGGGAACUUGUUAGUACCAACAUAUUCCGCAAGUAUAGCGGUCCAGUGGAUAUAUGGCUGUCCAGUUUAUAUCCCAUGCAAUGCUCACAUGAAGUGCUGCAUUGCUUGUUGAAUGAGCAGCCUAGAAAGAGCUUCCGGGCGAUGGCACAACAUUCAAGCCAAUGGGUUUGGUUCCGCAAACUGUUUGUAGGAUUUUCCAGUUACACCUACGUGAACACACUUAGAAAGAUGAAGUAG